CAAACCCUCUUGUCCUAGUCCCAAACUCUCUACUACAGUCUACACAGCUCUCUCACACACAGACACACAUAAUAACGAUGUGAAAUACCCGAAACACCCCCGGCUAUGCUUUCCUCUUACUCUUUUUUAUUUAUUUAUUUUUCAUCGGUGCUUUCCUCUUACUUUAGUAUUCCACACCAAACCCAAAAAAUAUUAAAAGAAGAAGAAAAAGACUACAUAACACAUUUCCACUACCCAAAGCAAAGAAAAUCAAAGCAAGUCCACAUCUCUCCCCUUUCCCCUUCAGACAACCUCAACUCUACUUUACUAUUCUCUCACAAGCAAUAGAGAGAGAGAGAGAGAAGCACAUCACCACACCUCCAAAUAAACCAGAGAGAGAAAAAUAAUUACCAAAUACCAAAUCCCCAUUAAUCCAUCCUUCCCCAAAAACGCCAUGGAUUCUCAGAUCUAUGGCGUCCCCAAUCGCCUCAUCCUCCUCACCGCCGCUACUCUCCUCAUCUCCGCCGCCGCAUUGCCGGAAAACGCCACAUCCAAGCCGUCCUCCGCCGCCGCCAUAAACUCGAACUCGAUCCUCGUCGCCCUCCUCGAUUCCCGCUACACCGAGCUCGCCGAGCUCGUCGAGAAGGCUCUCCUCCUGGAGACCCUCGAGCGGGCCGUGUCGGAGCACAAUAUUACCAUUUUUGCCCCUCAGAACGAAGCCCUCGACCGGGAUCUCGACCCGGAGUUCAAGCGGUUCCUCCUAGAGCCCCGCAACCUGCGCUCCCUCCAGAACCUCCUCCUCUUCCACAUGAUCCCCACCCGCCUCGAGGCCCGCCACUGGCCCGCCGACCCGGCCCGAAUCCCCCUCCGCCACGCCAGCCUCUGCCCCGACGCCGCCGCCGCUGAAAAGAUACCCGUCGCCGCCGGGACCGUCGGCCCGGCCCGGAUCAUCCGGCCCGACGACGUCUCCCGCCCCGACGGCGUCAUCCACGGCAUCGAGCGCCUCCUCGUCCCCCGCGCCGUCCAGCACGACUUCAACGCCCGCCGCAGCCUCCGCGCCACCUCCGCCGUCAUCCCGGAGGGCGCCCCGGAGGUCGACCCGCGCACCCACCGCCUCAAGAAAGCCUCCGCGCCCGUCCCCGCCGGCUCCCCCCCGGCCCUCCCCAUCUUCGACGCGAUGGCCCCCGGCCCGUCCCUCGCGCCGGCGCCCGCGCCGGGACCCGGCGGCCCCCGCCACCACUUCGACGGCGAGGCCCAGGUGAAGGACUUCAUCCAGACACUGCUGCAUUACGGCGGGUACAACGAACUGGCCGACAUCCUCGUCAACCUCACUUCCCUAGCCUCGGAGAUGGGAAAACUCGUUUCCGAGGGCUAUGUCCUGACGGUGCUCGCGCCCAACGACGAGGCGAUGGCGAAGCUGACGACGGACCAGCUGAGCGACGGAGGAGCGCCGGAGAAUAUCAUCUACUACCACAUAAUCCCGGAGUACCAGACGGAAGAGAGCAUGUACAACGCCGUCCGGAGGUUCGGGACGGUGAACUACGACACACUCAGGAUUCCGCACAAGGUGGCGGCGGUGGAGGCGGACGGGUCGGUCCAGUUCGGAUCCAACGGGUCGCCCGCCUAUCUACUGGAUCCGGACAUCUAUACUGACGGCAGGAUCUCGGUACAGGGGAUCGACAAUGUUCUUUUACCGCCGGAGAGUACUAGUGCUCCGGCGAAAGCGGCGCCGGUCGCCGCCAAGGUUGUUGCCGGGCCCAGAAGAGGGAAAUUAUUGGAAAUGGCCUGCACAAUGCUUGGGGUUGUUGGACAAGACUCGCAUUUCUCUAGCUGUCACUAAAUUCUCAUUAUCUCAUACCCUACCAAA